CUUAGUACAGCCGGAAAAAGGAAGCUUUCGGCAGUGCGUUCCUCCUUCGCCUCCCCUUCCGCAGCUGGCUCCGCCCCGGUCGCUGGGCAGUGGAGCUGCCGGGCAGUUUUCAGCAUGGCAGUGGACUGGCUCGGCUUUGGCUACGCUGCCUUGGUGGCAUCAGGAGGGAUCAUUGGCUACGCAAAAGCAGGUAGUGUCCCAUCACUGGCUGCUGGCCUUGUCUUUGGGAGUUUGGCUGGACUGGGUGCCUAUCAGCUCUCACAGAAUCCGAACAAUGUGUGGAUUUCUUUGAUUACAUCUGGAACAUUGACUGCCAUCAUGGGAACAAGAUUUUACAACUCAGGAAAAUUCAUGCCUGCAGGGCUAAUUGCUGGUGUCAGCUUGCUAAUGGUUGGGAAAUUGGCACUGAAGAUGCUGGAAAAGCCCCAUGAUAAGUAAUUUUGCAUCUCAGUAUCUGGAUGAGGAAACUUGAUAGCAAAGUUGCAUGAAUGCAGAAGCAAGAAGAUGGAAGAAGUUUCUUUAUCAAGACAAUUUUUUUUCUUUAUAUAAGGGAGAAUAAGAUAAUGGUAUAGUUGACAUACACGGUGCCAUUUGUUUCAGUGAUCUGGCAGAGGUAUUAUCAUGCAGUGAGACAUUGGUCCUGCAUUUGAUGUGUUUUUUUUCCAUACACACUUCAGUAUAUGAAAAUAAAACCAGGUAAUGUGCAGUGUAAUUGCUCCUCACCUACCAACCAAGGCCCAGCCUGCUCUCAGGUACUGAUUCUAUAAGAGAAACCCCCAAAAUCGCAAUCAUGGAAGAAAGUGAGCUCCAUCUUCCUGGCUAACCCUCAUUUCUAUGCUGAACCUGACUGCUGUUCUUCCCCGAUUCGGGCUGCCAUUGGGUGACGAAUGAAGGCACAAACCCUGCUGCUGAAUAGCAACAAGAUUCCAGAAAUGCAGAGAGCAAAGAAUCUCAGAAGUCCUCCCAAAAAUUCCUUUAUUGCUACAUUGUAGAAUCCCUAGCAUUACAGAGUCUCAGACCCGCACUUACAGAAGUCCUGGAAGCCCUUAACAGACAAAGCAGCUAACAGAAGUAGCAGUCACAAGC